AUGGUGUUGUGUCCUCACAUUGAAAGUCCAGAUAUUCGGCCUCCAAGCUCUACACAACCUGUCUAUAGGGAAGAUUGUACCCAGUGCUUUGAUUCGAUUGACGACUCGACCGGGUUAAACGUUUGCCUGAGCUGUUUUAAUGGAGGCUGUACUGGGGAGAGAAACCAUGCACUGAUUCACAGUGUUCACAAAGACCAUCCUGUAGUGCUCAAUAUCAAGAGGACAAGAAAAAAGGUCCAGCGUGAUGAACCUCCUCAGAAGAUGUCAAAACUAGCCAUCUCAGCAGAGACUGAAGAAGACCACUACGACACGGCAACCAAGGUUGUCUGCUAUAAGUGCGAAGCUGAGGAGAUUGAUGACCCUACCGGAAAACUUGCUACUGUGGUCGAAGGAAUAAUGACAGCAAUGACAUUUUCUACGCGUGAGGAAGUAAAAGCCUGGGAACAAGAAUUUGUGCCUUGUGAGCAUACACUCUGCUUGGUCCAGCAGGAUCGAGACAGCUCCUUGAACACUGGCUUAAAUCAAUGCUCGGGUUGCCAACUUCACGAGAAUCUUUGGCUAUGCUUGGAAUGCGGCAAUGUUGCGUGCGGAAGAAGCCAGUUUGGAGGCGUUGGUGGCAAUUCUCAUGCCCUUGCACACGCUGACACUUCGUCUCACGGUGUUGCAGUCAAACUCGGUUCCAUUACACCUGAAGGUGGCGCAGACAUAUUUUGCUACAAGUGCAACGAAGAACGAACAGAUCCAGAUAUCGCUUCUCAUUUGGCACAUUGGGGAAUAAACAUAGCCGAGAGCCAAAAAACCGAAAAAAGUCUCAUGGAAUUGCAGGUUGAACAAAAUCUCAGAUGGGAGUUCUCCAUGACCACGGAAGACGGACACGUAUUGCAGCCUAUAUUUGGUGCCGGCUUUACUGGCCUCAAAAACCUAGGCAAUAGCUGCUAUCUGGCUAGCAUCGUACAGUGCCUAUUCUCUUUGGAGGAGUUUCAACAGCGAUAUUUCCGUCCAAAUGAGGAGCCGCCAUUAACCGAAAAUCCUGCAGAGGAUUUUGAAACUCAGAUGCGUAAACUUGCAGAUGGGUUACUUUCCGGCCGAUAUUCCAAACCCGAUACCAUGGUAUCGGCCACUCCAGACUCCACGGAAGUUCCACAUCAGAAGGGGCUACCACCUGCGAUGUUCAAAUAUCUCAUAGGCCGUGGCCAUCCGGAAUUUUCUACAAUGCGACAGCAGGAUGCAUUUGAAUUUCUCUUACAUUUAUUCAAGCUUGUGACACUGUCAAAACAUUCUAGUGGACACAAAAAUCCAGUGGACAGCUUUCGAUUCAUGCUUGAACAACGAAUACAAUGUCUCGCCUGUGAAAAGGUUCGCUAUAAGUAUGAUGAGCAAGACAACAUUUCUAUUCAAGUGCCAGCCCGCCCUCUUGCACCCUCCGACGAACUGGCAAAGCCCGAUAAUGCAUAUCAAUCGGUGACUAUUAAAGAAUGCCUUGAUAUAUUCACUGGAGAGGAAAUAGUUGAACUUGAAUGUCCAGCCUGUGGCAGUGACAAGGGUUUCCGCAAGCGAUCACUGUUCCAAACUCUUCCUCUGGAAUUGGUUGUAAAUGCCCGCCGUUUCGAGCUGAUAAACUGGGUACCCACAAAACUCAACAUCCCAGUAGAGAUUGGUGAUGUAGACUUAGAUCUGAGCUCUUACAUAUCCCAGGGUCCUCUGCCAACGGAAUCUUUCCUUCCAGAUGAACCCGAAGGCGGCAACUCUGCCUUUGUAGCGAACACAGAAGCCCUCCAGCAGCUAUUAAACAUGGGGUUUCCACAAGUCAGAUGUGAGAAAGCACUACAUGCAACGGGAAAUUUGGAUGUAGAAAGCGCUGCGAAUUGGCUCUUCGCUCAUAUGGAGGACCCGGACAUUGAUGAACCAAUGCCGUCUAGUAGCACGCAACACAGAGCAGUAGAACAUGAUGCCGAGAAGAUCAAUCAGCUUGGUGAAAUGGGAAUUGAACCCGAGCGUGCCGCAGUUGCUCUUUCAGAAACCGGUGGUGACGUUAAUAGGGCAUUGGACUGGGUUUUCAGUCAUCCGGAUGACUGGGAUGUUGACGUACAAAACAGUCAAAACAAGAACGGGAAAGAGUCAUCUACACAAGAAACGCCUGGCAGCGCAUUAUUGCCCGCAAAAUAUAGACUACAGUCUCUUGUAUGUCAUAAGGGGGCUUCACUUCAUGCUGGACAUUAUGUUGCCUUCAUACGUAAACAAAUCCCAAACACCGGUCAAACUUCUUGGGUUUUGUUCAAUGACGAGAAAGUUGUGGAGGCUGACAAUGUUGACGAGAUGAAGCAAUUCGCCUAUGUUUAUAUUUUCUCACGCGUUUAG